AUGAACCUAUGGUGGAAGCCCUAUAAUUUUGAUUCAGCAUAGAACUUAAUAACUCUAGGCAGCAUGCUUUCUGCUUCAAACAAGUGCAUAAAUCACAUGAGAGAUUUCACACUUUACAAGAUUGCUCUAAGUGAUUCUGAGAUUGCUCAAGUCAUGAGAUAGUAAAAACAUUUAGAGAUAUUCAGCUUUAUUAGAAUAGGAGAUGUCAAAGUCUAAAAGGUUUAAAUGGUUCGCUAUUACAAGUUCCAAAGAUAGAUGAAUGCUGCAAUUUAAUAUGACUAUUCACUUUUAGCUAGACAUUCAAGGUAGUACUUUCUUACCACUUUCUGGUCCGAUGAUGAUAUGUCUUUGUAAAUAUAGGAAGCCAUGAUGGAUUAGCCAUCCUUAUAUCAAGUAUUGACUAAUAAAGGAACAAAUGCUAUAUCUAUUGGAAGGCCUCUAUAUCCAAUUACCUUUAGACAAUUAAACUUUGAAUUCUGGGUGAGAUUGCAUGUGAAUCCCGGCAGUACGAAAUACACUCUGAUAUAGGAUGAAGACCCUAAUCCCUAAAAUUUCCAAAUAAUUGCGGAUACUUCUGCCUCGAUCAAAUUAGCAUUAUACUCAAGUACUUUCCUUAAUACAGGGGAUAGUGUAUUUCUAUCUACAGUGGCAAAUAUCUACUUGAAUACAAUUGUUUGGAAGCAUAUUUAUGUGGAUAUUGUAAUUCCCAGAAAAAGAGUGAGAGCAGGCAUUCAUUUUAAUUAGAUAGAGAAGACACUGACCUCUUGGCCUUAUAGAUAUUGGAAAUUAAAGCCUUUACAUAAUAAAAAAAUUCUUGAGGAUACUUCAAUUAAUCCUUAGUUUAUGCAAUAAUCAGAAUUACUAGAGUAUAUUUCUGAUUCAACUUAUCCGGUUUCUUAUUUCAUACUAGCUGAUCAUUAUGCUGCUAUGGUUUCAAUUGCAAACUCAGUGACUUUAAAAGUUUAUAAUAAGCAAACAAAUUAAUAUUAGGCUACAUAUGCAUCGAAUGUGAUGGGAAGUUGGAAUCAUUUCUUGUUUUACAGAUAAAUUUCUGGCUCUAAUGAUGUCAUAGAUGAAUUCAGAGUUUGGAAAGAUGGCACUUCCUCUGUAAGUAUUUUGAUUAAAAAAAUUUUCUAGAUCGACAUAACUAAUUACAUGCAUGUUUACAAACAAAAGAUAUAUGAUCCUUACGAUUUAGAAGGGAAUCUUGUAGACUAUUUUAGAUUCACAAAAUACAGCUCUGAUCCUGAAUACUACAAGAGAUAUGCAUAUAGGAGUAGUGGCAUUUAUCCAAUUAAUAUAAAUCAAGCUUUGGCCAUCACAACGGUUUAACUAAAAUAAACAGAAAACCUAUAAGAGUGUGAAUUAGGCUACUACUUCAAUGGAAUUAUCUGUAAAGCAGACUCUGCUAUACUUAAGGCCUUGAAUGCUCCAAGCCUCUUAUUUGCUUAGUUUAACUCAUCAACUCAAACGAAUGAUAAUUAUCAUUUAGGUUUCUAUUUUAGACUGUCUUAAAAAAUGUUCUCUAACACUGGAUAAGAUCUUGACUUAAUUAAUUCAUAUCCAUCAACUCCCUCACAAUUUUUCAGGAUGAGAGUAGAUGUAAGUACAAAAAUCAUAGUUACGAUUGGUGGGCAGGAUUUUAUUUAUGAGAUCCCAACUCUUACUCAUUUAUAAAUUGGAUGGUGGUAUUAUUGUGUAGACUUUAGUCAAAAUCAUUAUAUAUAUAUUGGUAAAUAAGAUGUAACUGGUUUCACAAACUAUGACCCAGAUUUUGCAAUUAGGGACUUCUUUAUUUCUUAUGGAGAAGAAAUUUAAUUUUCUAAAAAUCAAGCAUCAUAUCAUCCUAGAAAUAGAUGGAGCAUCUAAAGUAGUGGCAGCUUAUUUGUUUGGAACUGGGACUAAUUGGUAGUACUAAUAUGCUAAGGACCAUUUGAAGCCUAUCACUAGCAUCACUAGUACUAUUGUGGAAAAGAUUUGGCUGCAGGAUCUAUGAGUACAAUAACAUAAUCUAGCCAGUUUACAUUGACAAUGAAUGUAAAUAUUAAAGCAGUGAUUUCAAACAGCCUCAAAAGCCUUAUCUUUGUGCUUAAUCCAACUAGCACUAAUGAUUAUAUAAGAUUAGGAAUAAAACAUCAAUAUAUCGGUAACAGCUAUUAAGCUCAAGUAGAGCUAUAUUUGCAUGGUUUUACUAACACUAUCAGUGGGACCAACGAUUAAAUUUGCAACUUUUUAGUUGGAGCUUGGAGAGGUUUGAGUAUGAUAAAAGAUGGAAACACUUACAAAAUAGUAUGUAAUUACCUUACGAUGUCAACAUAAAAUGUUCCUUCAACCUAUUUUCCAUUUCAAUUUGAUGAUAAAAUUGAAAUUGGAGGAACUAGAGGAUCAUACAAAGAAUCAUUCAUGUAGAUUAGAGACUUCGCAUUUUACUCAGAAACUGCCCUUACCUAGCAGUAAUUGGACUCCAAUUAUCUUAACUUUACAAUUCCUACCAGAUCGUACUUUGCUCUAGACAUUAAUUUUAAAUUAGAUUUCGAAUUUGUAAUGAAGGAAAUGUUAGAGAUAAAACUUGCUAUUAGCACUCAUCUACUAGCUAUCCAGAUACUAUUCCUUUAAUGGUAACAGAUCAUGUCCUCAACUCAGGAAUAUUUUGGAUAAGCUCAGUUAUAAGUUUGUAUAGUACAGCAGAAGGGAAACUAUACUUCUAAUUACUAAAGCCUGAGAAAAAUUUAAUACGUAUACAAACUUAGCACCUGGGACAAAAUUGUGUAAAUUACUCAGCAAUAAUGCAGCAGUCAAAGAUGUUAAAAUAUGGCUAGAAGCUAUGCCAAUUAAUUUUUUAGUAUAAAACCAGGAAAAAAAGAGAAUAAGUAUAUUUCUCCAACCUAUUCAUUUGCCAAAACUGAAAAGUAUUGUGAGGCGACAUAAGUUUUUGAUGGAGUGUCUUGCCAAAGUUACAAAUAUUUACACCUUGAAACAAAUAGCUACAUAGGGUUGAAAUUUGCAAAUCCUAGUAUUUUAACCACUGAAGCAACAGUAGAGUUUUGGAUACUAUUUCAGAAAAAUUAAGAGGCUGGUUAAAUUAUCAGGCUAACAGAUUAAAUAUUAAAUGAUGUUAGAUUAGAAGAGGAUAGUAGCUACAAUACUAAUUUGUAGACUAUUAAUUAAGUGAAAUCCUAUUGGAGAAAAAUUGUUCUAACUCUAGAAUCAGUAUCAAUUAGCAGUACUCUUUUUACUGCUUAUCUAGGUUUAAACGAGGUGUGGAAGUAUCUGCAUUAAAUAUCCCAAUAUGCCGAGCAUUUAUUUGUUGUAACAGAUUCAGUUUAAGUCUACGAUGAUUUCAGCUAAUAAAUUAAGUUGUAGACAGUGCCUGUGGCAAGAUUUUUCCCUAAAUUAAAUGGAAAUGUCGAAUUAAAAGGAGACAAUAUGAAAAAUAAUAUAUAGACAUGGAGUGUAGAAUUUUGGCUAAAGUUUGUAUUCAAAGCUGGUUCUAUUACCAAUAUAAAACUUGAGAUUAAGCUCAUCUUUCUAUUGCAAAAAAUACAAAUAUUUACUAAAAAUUCACCUAAGGAGUAUAUUAUCAUUUCGCAGCAAUAAAUUCUGACACUAAAUUGUUUAGCAGAUGAUAUCGAUAUGUAUUUUCAAAUGAAAAACUUAAAAUUUUGGAGUAAAGCUUUACCUCUGGAUGCUAUGAUGUACUUGUCCAUGUUAUCCUAACCAACAAAUGGAUAUUCAGAUCUAAUUAUGUACUAUACCCUUGAUAAUGAAUACUUUAUUGAAAUGGAAUUAGCUCGAAGAUUCUAUGAUGUUGGAUCAGGAUUUAAAUGGGACAUAGCUGAUUUUCUUCAAUCUUAAAUAAAAGAGAAGGAGAUGUCCUUUACAUUAUUUGUUAGCACAUUCCAAGAGAUUUAAGAUACUCUUAAUCAUAACAUAAUUAAAUUAGGGAACAUCUUCCAACUUAUGACAUCUUAUGGAUACUAGGUUUACAAUUUUGAUUAGACAAAUGGGUAGAAAGUUAGUUUAUCAAAUGUAUUGUCAGGAUCUUCUAGGACUCAAAAUUGGUUUAUAACCUUUGACUUAGAAAAUAAAAAAAUCUAAAUCAUACUUGAUGAUGUGUUACUUGAAGAACUAAAUUUUAGUAAGGACUCUAUUUUGAAAUAUAGCGAAGUAAAUGACUGGUAAGUCUAAUUAGCUUCAACUGGAGUAUCAGAUGAUUUCCCGAAGUUAGCAAUUAGAUAAUUAAGCAUAUUUCACCCACCACUUACAUAUUAGCAAACGAAAAUGAUUUCCUAGCAAAAGUUAACUAAUUAAUAUAAAGGAACAUAUGAUAUGAUUGAAGGUGUAAGAAUGGAUCAUAAUAAGAUGGUUUUUGGCAAAAUAUCAGGAUCAAAUUUCUUUGACUUGAAAGAGAAUCAAUACAUUGUGCCAAUAAUUGGAUCAUAGAUUGAUGUUGAAAUAGAAGGAAACUGUGCUUAUGGAGCUUAUAAGGUUGGAAGGAUAUGCGUAGAAUAAGCAAAUCUGGUUUUAGCUGGAAAAACAUUAAGUUUAAGUAUCGCUGGUGCCUAAAUAGGAACAAGCUUUACUUGUUAAGGUUGGUUUCUGGUAAAAUAAUUUGAUUCUAGCUCAGUAAUCACAUUUCUGGAAAUAGUUGGAGUAUUUAAACUUAUUUACGAUGCUAAUGUCCUUUAUCUCACUGAUUACUCCAUUACAAAAGAUGUGGCAGACUUUUAAUUUAGUGUAGAUAUUUGGAUGCAUUUGAGUGUUAUAAUGAAAGGUUCUAUUUGGGUCGUUUAUUAAAAUGCAAAAGUUAUUGGUGAGUUUAAUGUAUUUAAGAAUCAACUAUUCAAUAAAGUCUUGACAGAUCUAAAUAUAGGAACAUAAAAUUUAAAGUCUAUGUUAAAGAUAAAAGAAAUAGCAUUAUUUGGACAUGCAAGAGAUCCUACAGAGAUAAGAAUAGAUAUGUUUAAUCAAAUCUCUCGAGUGAAUUACUAAUACUAAUUGCUUGCUUAUUAUCCAUUAAGUGAAACUUCGUAUCAGCUUUUUACUGAUUUAUCAACAUUUAAUCGCUUUGUUGAUUUAGGAACUUAAACCUAAGUAGGGAUAUUUUGGGAUUAUUAAUCAAGAGAUGGUCUUAGUAGUUAAAAUACUAAAUACGAUAGCAAUUAGUUGUACUCACCUGCUAUUCAAUAAGAUAAAACAUUGUUUUUUCCUUAGACAACUCCGACAGUAGAUUAUACUCUUGGAGAGUUCAAAUUAGGCACUGAAUUCUCAAUGAGUUUUCUUAUAAAUGUUUACGAUCCAUCAGUCAUUAUUAGUUCAAAUUUUUUAAUGAGAUUUCAAGCAAAUCUUUUCAGGAUGUCAGUACAAUCUGGUAAAAUAGUUAGCUACUUCUCAGAUGAUGCAGUUGGACUAUUUUUACCUGUCUUAAAUCCAAAUGCAUGGUAAGGAUGUGCCUAAGGUGUUUCAUACAACUUAAAGAGCGGAUAUAACAUGAUAUUUGUCAAUAAUGCUCCAUCAGGCGAUUUAAAAAGAGGGACUUUUAUAGUAUCUCAUUUGCUUCCAUCUGUCAGAUAAAUCAUAGUAUAAGGUCUUAACCUAAAGAUUAGAGAUAUAAGAAUAUAUAGUGAGUUAUUGGAUCCAUUUACCCACUAGAAAUUUAUUCGUUAAGGAAUAUAUCCUAGUUUGACUGUCUAUCCUUGUGUAUUUAUGAUAAGAAUUACAGAUGGUUUCGGUUUAAAAUUGUAUGAAUAAGUCUCAAAUUCUUUAAUCUAAAUUCAAACUUCUGUUGCAGGAAAUUGGCAAUAUUGGUAGACUUCCACCGAUGUAAUUUAUUGUGAUGGAUUUUCCAAAUACUAGAGAGGAAGCUUUUAUUGCUAAAAGUCUGAAAAGUUUUUGAGAUUAGUUUCUGGAGCUUCAUUUUCUUUUCAAAUUCUAAAAAAUGAGAUGUAGAACUCCACUUUGAUGAUAUGGACUUUAGUUCAAGAUUUUGGAACUGAAAUUAAUGCCUUACGAUUCAAACUUUAAAAUAGAUUUGAAUUUAUACUCUAAAACAAUACAAGAUCUCAUUUAUAUAUAGCAAACAAUACCUAUCUAGCCGUGAAUAAUAGAGAUGAUUCAAAAUUUGUUAAAGAGGGCUAAUGGUUCUUAGUUUAUAAUAGAAUUGGUUUACCUGGAGAUAUUAUUAAUAAUUAUAUCGGAAUACCGGCUUAUAUAAACGACACUUUCUCUCAAAUAUAAUUUAGAGGGAGCAAAAUUACGAAUGUUAAAUUAGAAUUUGCACCGAAUAGUGGCGGGCUAACAUUUUAAAUUAAUACGGGUGUAAAUAGUAAAAUAUAUUUCAGAAAUAUGUAACUUUGGAGCACAGCAUUCUCAAUUUAAAUAGCUGAGAGGAGAGCACUCAGGGGCCCAAAUCCAUUAAGAUUUAAAGAUUCAUUAGUAGCUUUAUAUAGAUUUGAUGAGGCAAAAGGUAGUUAUCUCUACAAUACUGCAGCGUUUGAAUAAGAAAUCUCUAACAGAAUAUACUACGAUGAUGCACUCGCUUAUAUUGAUUGGACACAUUACUCUCAAAUCGGAGUAGACCAAUCUACAGAUUCUGAGGACUAGAGAAACUUUUUGUUCUGUUUGGAACCUAAUAUGAGGUGA